UGGUGAAAGACUUCAUCUACCUCUCCCCUCUCUCUCUCUCUCUAAACUCUCUCAUUUUCCUUCUUCAUCUCUCUCUCUCUCUCUGAUCUUUUCCUUUUUCUGUUUUCAUUAAUAUAUUAUAUGGACAAAGGUUGGGGACUUGCUCUUGACACUUCUUCUUCUUCCUCUCAAAUUCCAAUAUCUCACUCUUUUUUGCCUUCCAAACACAACAACACCAACGAUAGAAUGUUUCCUAUUUUAGGAUUCCCAGUCAACCUCACCCGCAACGCCAACGCUGAAGACAGCGGUGAUCGGAAAAUAACCGGCGAAGUCGAUUUCUUCUCCGAAAGAAACAAACCAUCGCCUUCAGCUUCACACGAUCAUCAACAUGUUGUUAAACAUAAUAACAUCAAAAAGGAGAUUGUUUCAACCGAUGUAAAACCUUCAACUUCCAAUAUUCACGUUAAUACUGGUUUACAACUUGCGAACACCGGGAGUGAUCAAUCUGUUGUGGAUGAUGGAGUUUCAUCCGAUGCCAAGAACACGGAGCUUGCACAAUUGCAAAUGGAGCUUCAACGGAUGAAUUCAGAGAACAAAAAACUGAAAGAGAUGCUCAAUCAUGUUACCGGUAACUACACCGCUUUGCAGAUGCAGCUCAUGGCAUUAAUGCAAAAGAAUCACCAAACAGAAAAUGAGGUUGUUAAUGCAAAAGCUGAAGAGAAAAACCAAGGUGUUGGUGGAGGAAUAGUACCAAGGCAGUUUCUUGAGAUAGGGACUAAUGGAACAGCUGAAGUUGAUGAUAGAGUAUCCAAUUCUUCAUCGGAUGAAAGAACAAGAUCGAACACGCCUCAGAAUAGUCUUAUUGAAGCUGGAAAUAGAGAUCAAAUAAGAAAUAACAAUGGUAAAAAUGGUAGAGAAGAUAGUCCUGAUUCAGAAUCACAAGGUUGGGGUCCUAAUAAGGUUCAGAAAAUACUCAACUCUUCCAAUGUUGCUGAACAAUCUGCUACAGAAGCUACAAUGAGAAAAGCUCGCGUCUCCGUUCGUGCUAGAUCAGAAGCUUCAAUGAUUAGUGAUGGAUGCCAAUGGAGAAAAUAUGGUCAAAAAAUGGCGAAAGGAAAUCCAUGUCCUCGAGCAUACUACAGAUGCACUAUGGCAGUUGGUUGUCCAGUUCGCAAACAAGUUCAACGUUGUGCUGAGGACAAAACAAUAUUGGUAACAACAUAUGAAGGAACACAUAACCAUCCACUUCCACCAGCAGCUAUGGCAAUGGCCUCAACAACCUCAGCAGCUGCAAGCAUGUUGCUAUCAGGUUCAAUGUCAAGUGCAGAUGGAAUAAUGACACCAAAUUUAUUAGCAAGAGCUAUUCUUCCUUGUUCUACAAGCAUGGCAACACUUUCAGCUUCAGCGCCAUUCCCAACUGUUACAUUGGAUCUAACACAAAACUCAAACCCAAUCCCAAAUCCAAAUCCAUUGCAGCAAUUUCAAAGACCUCAUCAUGCACCAUUUCAAGUGCCUAAUUUCUUUCCAGGACAACCUCAGAAUUUUCAACAAGCAGCAGCGUCGCUUUAUAAUCAAUCUAAAUUCUCUGGUCUUCAAUUGUCUCAAGAAGUUGGUUCUUCGCAUUUAACAACUACACAAGCUCCAACGCUCCAACAACAACAGCAACAAUCUUCCUUAGCUGAUUCUGUCAGCGCCGCCACCGCUGCUAUCACGGCCGAUCCUAAUUUCACCGCUGUUCUCGCCGCCGCUAUCUCCUCCAUCAUCGGUGGUGGUCAUGGAAACAACAGCAGCAACAACAAUAGCAGAAGUACAGUUAGCAACUUUUCAGGAAACUAAAUCACUUUGUUCUUAGUUUCCUUUGUUUUUCAGAUUAAUAUUAUUCCUUUUUUAUUUCAAGAAAUAUAUCAUUCCUUUUUUUUGUACAAUUUUUAAGGGAUCAUAAAUGUUGAUAUUCUUUUUAGUCCAUGUGUUUGGAUUAAGAGGAUAUAUAGGAGAAUAGUAGAUCAUAUAUGAAAGAAAAAAAUCACUUCAAUUUUUUGUUUUAUUGUACGUUGAACAAUCUUGGGUAUGUUAUUCAAAAUUCUUAGACAUGUGAUAUAGAAAAGGAAAAUGAAAAUAUGUAUCUAUCUUUUUUCUUCA